UGAUGCCCGCCGCCCUCGGGGAAGCCGGGCAACCCAGCUCCGCGGGAUCGCUUCAUGCCGCCCACCGGCUUGGAGCCCGCCAGAAUGAACAGGAAGAAAGGAGACAAGGGCUUUGAAAGUCCAAGGCCGUAUAAAUUAACCCAUCAGGUCGUCUGCAUCAACAACAUAAACUUCCAGAGAAAAUCUGUUGUGGGAUUUGUGGAACUGACUAUAUUUCCCACAGUUGCAAACUUGAAUAGAAUCAAGUUGAACAGCAAGCAGUGUAGAAUAUACCGAGUAAGGAUCAAUGAUUUGGAAGCUGCUUUUAUUUAUAAUGAUCCGACAUUGGAAGUUUGUCACAAUGAAUCAAAACAGAGAAAUCUGAAUUAUUUUUCCAAUGCUUAUGCAGCUGCGGUGAGUGCUGUGGAUCCUGAUGCAGGAAAUGGAGAGCUUUGCAUUAAGGUUCCAUCAGAGUUAUGGAAACAUGUUGAUGAAUUAAAGGUCCUAAAGAUACACAUCAAUUUUUCUUUGGAUCAGCCAAAAGGAGGUCUUCAUUUUGUGGUACCCAGUGUAGAGGGAAGUAUGGCAGAGAGAGGUGCUCAUGUUUUCUCUUGUGGGUAUCAGAAUUCCACAAGAUUUUGGUUCCCAUGUGUUGACUCAUACUCUGAAUUAUGUACAUGGAAAUUAGAAUUUACAGUAGAUGCUGCGAUGGUGGCUGUUUCCAAUGGUGAUUUGGUGGAGACAGUGUAUACCCAUGAUAUGAGGAAGAAGACCUUCCAUUACAUGCUUACCAUUCCAACAGCUGCGUCAAAUAUCGCCUUGGCCAUUGGACCUUUUGAAAUACUUGUAGAUCCAUAUAUGCAUGAGGUUACUCAUUUUUGUUUACCCCAACUUCUUCCAUUGCUUAAACAUACCACAUCAUAUCUUCAUGAAGUUUUUGAAUUUUAUGAAGAAAUUCUUACAUGUCGAUACCCAUACUCCUGCUUUAAGACUGUAUUCAUCAAUGAGGCUUAUGUUGAAGUGGCUGCUUAUGCUUCUAUGAGCAUUUUUAGCACAAAUCUGUUACACAGUGCCAUGAUUAUUGAUGAGACACCUUUGACUAGAAGGUGUUUAGCCCAGUCCUUGGCCCAGCAGUUUUUUGGAUGUUUCAUAUCCAGAAUGUCUUGGUCUGAUGAAUGGGUACUGAAGGGAAUUUCAGGCUAUAUUUAUGGACUUUGGAUGAAAAAAACUUUUGGAGUUAAUGAAUACCGCCAUUGGAUUAAAGAGGAGCUGGACAAAAUUGUGGCGUAUGAGCUGAAAACUGGUGGAGUUUUACUACAUCCCAUAUUUGGUGGAGGAAAAGAGAAGGAUAAUCCGGCAUCCCAUCUAUACUUUUCAAUAAAGCAUCCACAUACGCUGUCUUGGGAGUACUACACUAUGUUCCAGUGUAAAGCUCACCUUGUAAUGAGAUUGAUUGAAAAUAGGAUCAGUAUGGAAUUUAUGCUACAAGUUUUCAAUAAACUGCUAAGUUUGGCUAGUACUGCUUCAUCUCAAGAGUUCCAGUCCCAUAUGUGGAGUCAAAUGUUGGUUUCCACGUUUGGGUUUUUGAAAUCCAUCUCGAAUGUCUCUGGCAAAGACAUUCAGCCUUUAAUAAAGCAGUGGGUAGACCAGAGUGGUGUGGUAAAAUUUUAUGGAAGUUUUGCAUUUAAUAGAAAACGAAAUGUCUUGGAAUUGGAAAUAAAACAAGAUUAUACAUCACCUGGAACUCAGAAAUAUGUGGGACCACUUAAAGUGACAGUGCAGGAGUUAGAUGGAUCCUUCAAUCAUACAUUGCAAAUUGAAGAAAACAGCCUUAAACAUGAUAUACCCUGCCAUUCCAAAAGCAGAAGGAAUAAGAAGAAGAAAAUUCCACUGAUGAAUGGAGAGGAAGUUGAUAUGGAUCUUUCUGCAAUGGAUGCUGAUUCCCCUUUGCUGUGGAUAAGGAUAGAUCCCAAUAUGUCAGUCCUGAGGAAAGUAGAAUUUGAGCAAGUGGAUUUCAUGUGGUAGUACCAGCUCCGCUUCGAGAGGGAUGUGGUUGCACAGCAAGAGUCCAUCUUGGCCUUGGAAAAGUUCCCCACACCAGCAUCGCGGCUUGCCCUCACUGACAUUCUAGAACAAGAGCAGUGUUUUUACCGAGUAAGAAUGUCAGCUUGCUUCUGCCUUGCAAAGAUUGCAAAUUCAAUGGUGAGCACAUGGACAGGACCACCAGCCAUGAAGUCACUCUUUACUAGAAUGUUUUGUUGUAAAACUUGUCCAAACAUUGUGAAAACAAACAACUUUAUGAGCUUUCAAAGUUAUUUUCUACAAAAGACUAUGCCAGUUGCAAUGGCGCUAUUGAGAGAUGUUCACAACCUUUGUCCCAAAGAAGUCUUAACGUUUAUUUUAGACUUAAUCAAGUACAAUGACAACAGAAAAAAUAAGUUUUCAGAUAACUAUUAUCGUGCAGAAAUGAUUGAUGCCCUUGCCAACUCUGUUACACCUGCAGUCAGUGUGAAUAAUGAAGUUCGAACUUUAGAUAAUUUAAAUCCAGAUGUGCGACUCAUUCUUGAAGAAAUCACCAGGUUUUUGAAUAUGGAAAAACUUCUUCCAAGUUAUAGACACACCAUCACUGUUGGUUGUUUGAGAGCCAUACGAGUGCUUCAGAAGAAUGGUCAUGUUCCGAGCGAUCCAACUCUUUUUAAAUCCUACGCAGAAUAUGCUCACUUUGUGGACAUUAGGAUCGCAGCUCUGGAAGCAGUUGUUGAUUAUACUAAAGUGGACAGGAGUUAUGAAGAACUGCAGUGGCUCCUUAAUAUGAUUCAGAAUGACCCUGUACCCUAUGUAAGACAUAAGAUUCUACACAUGUUGACUAAGAACCCACCAUUUACUAAGAACAUGGAGUCUCCCUUAUGCAAUGAAGCCCUAGUAGAUCAACUUUGGAAACUUAUGAAUUCGGGUACUUCACAUGACUGGAGGCUACGGUGUGGUGCUGUGGACUUAUACUUCACACUUUUUGGCCUCAGUAGACCUUCCUGCUUACCCUUGCCAGAGCUUGGGUUGGUUCUUAAUCUAAAAGAGAAAAAAGCUGUCUUGAAUCCAACCAUAAUUCCAGAGGUCAUCACAGGCAACCAAGAAACUGCAAUUAAUCCAAGUAGCCACGUACAGCUAGUUGGAUUUCAGAACCCUUUUUCAAGUUCUCAAGACGAAGAGGAGAUUGAUAUGGAUACUGUUCAUGACAGCCAGGCAUUCAUUUCUCAUCAUUUGAACAUGCUUGAAAGGCCGUCUACUCCAGGGCUCUCUAAAUAUCGGCCAGCUAGCUCGCGGGCUUUAAUGCCCCAGCAUUCACCAGGGGGUGAUGGCACACCUGUCACAAAGCCUCAGUGGGGGAUGGAACUUGCACGGAAGGGAACAGGUAAAGAGCAGUCACCUCUGGAGAUGAGUAUGCAUCCGGUGGCAACAGCCCCACUCUCGGUGUUUUCUAAGGAAUCGACAUCCUCCAAACACAGUGACCACCAUCACCACCACCACCAUGAGCACAAGAAGAAGAAGAAGAAGCACAAACAUAAGCACAAGCACAAGCACAAGCAUGAGAGCAAAGAGAAGGACAAGGAGCCUUUCACCUUCUCCAGCCCCGCCAGCGGCAGGUCUAUUCGCUCUCCUUCUCUCUCCGACUGAGACCUUUGCCUCUGUCCGCAAGAGGUAUAACUGAAGCUCUGGCCUCUGUAAAGAACGAUAAAAGGAAAGAAAUUGCCUCUCAGAGAAAUUCAGAAUCCAUUUAAAUUCUAAAUAUUUGAUUUCUAUUAUUUACACAGUUGGGAUGUGAUAAGGAAAAUGUGUUUAUGUUCUGAAUAAACCAUUUCAUCCCAUUACCUCCUUAACGCGUGCACACACACACGCACCCCACACACAGAGCAAACGCUUUUUCAUACAGGCCCUGUACUCACUGGCAGUCCCCAUUCACACCACGGACUCCAUGCGUGCUGCCAGAAAGUAUGUUUGAAAACCUUUGAUGGAUGUUAUCGAGCGAAGUUUUAAACAGAAGCUACUGCCAAGCCUGUGGUGGAACCACUGUUUCCAGUGACAGAUUACAUAACACCAUUUGGAACUACUGAAGAAAACAGAAGCUUUUCUAUAGGAGUCUCUCUAUUGCAUGUUUUUUUUUGUGUGUUAACCAUAGAGCCUAAGCAUCAGAAUUUAUAAACAAGAAUACAUGGUAUUUUCUUUUGCCCAAAAGUCCUGAAAUUUUUGGAAGCAGCUUUAUAAAAAAAAAGAAAGAAAAAAAAUUUAAAAACUCUUGAUAAUGCAUUUGGCAAUUAUGAUGUUGGAAUUUAACGGGACCAUCAGAUCCAGUUCUUAAAUCAAGAUGUUUAAAUUAUGUUAUUUUUUCAUUAAGUAUAAUUGCUAAAUGUGAACAAUUUACACACCCAACACAUUCUAAAGUUAUUUCUCUGUGACACAAGCUAUGAUACGUUAAAAUGGUAUCGAUAGACUGUUUACCAACUUGGACAUAGACAAAUUUGGUCUUCAUGUGAGUAUACACAGGCAUUUAAAAGACAUGAACACUUUGGUUUCAUACUUCAAUAGUUUGUAUGGUUUCGUUUUUAUUUCUGAAUUUACCAUGUACUUUAUUGUUUAAAAAUUUUUAAUAUGGGUUGUAUUUUUAUCCUUUCCCUUAAGAAGUUUGGAAGAUACUUCUUCCCAGAAUAGAUAUUUCAAAGGGAUCCAAUAGUUAGACAUUUUAAUAUACUUUUAUUUGUAUUUAACUUGUUUAAUAAAUGACUUUUUAAAUGGA